CGAAUAAAUUAGCUGGAAAUACGAUUUCAGUUUAAAGACUCGCUGCUGGAGAUAAUGGCUGCGCCAAAGCUCAUCGUCUCAUCCCCAACGUUACAGUAACUACCUCGUUCUCCGCCAUAACCAAAUAAUACUGAAACCCUAAAAUCAAAAUCCCAAUAAUCAAUUUCAAGUUACACACAAAAACACACGUUUUAAGCAAUGCAAUCACCAUGCGUAGACGCUUGCAAAACCUACAGCAGUAGCCUCUUCCAAAGAGGCUCUCCCCUGCCGCAAUUUCUUGGAAAUCAGGUGGAUUACCGCUCCAACUCCUCUUUUUCGACCCGUAGGUACAGUUCUUAUCCUUGUAUUUCGUGCAAUUUGAACGAAAAGAGUGAUCCCCAUGCUGACAACCGAGGAAGACCAAGCCAGAAUUUCAGAGUUAAUUGUAGUAGGGGUAAAGUGCGGGCGAAGGGGAAGGAGAAUGUGUGGAGUAUCGACAACGAGAUGGUGAAAAUUGAGAAGGAGAAGGAGAGGAUGAGGAGGCGGAAAAAAAGGGGAGGGAAGAGAGUGACGAAUGUGAAUAGAAAAGGUGAUGGGGUUCUGGUCUCUGGUUCGAUGUUGAUGGAAGUUGAAACCGUUUUACAGACACAGGAACCAGUUAUUCGGCCUGCAUGGUAUACCUUUACAAGUAGUGUCAGUGGGAUAUGGAAGGGCGUAGGAGCUGUAUAUUCUCCAAUCACUGCAGAAAUGGAGCCAAUUGAGACUGGCAGCAGGGAUGAAAACUUAUUUUGCUAUACCUUAUCCCAUAUUGAGGUGUUGCCAUCUACUUCUGGGGCUCAAAGUUCUCAAAUACGAAGGAAAAUAAAUUGGGUUACACUGAAUCCUUAUGGUGAAGCUCAGAAGAAUGGAGGUGGUCUUGGAAAUAAAAACCGAGAUGCAUCUUUCGUCAAGGAAACAUCUGGCAGAAAAUCAACAGGUCACAGUUUGCCAAAAAUUGAAUCUUUUGACUUUGGAAGAAGUGAUGUGAUGGAAGAAGAUGUUAUGGGGAUGGAACCUGGUCUUGUUUUCUUUGAGGAUGGAUCUUAUUCCAGAGGCCCAGUGGACAUUCCAAUCGGUGAAUUUGACGAGUCUAAUUAUUACCUGUCCCCAACUUUCAAGUUUGAGCAAUGUCUGGUUAAAGGUUGUCACAAAAGACUGCGUGUUGUGCAUACAAUAGAAUUCAGUAAUGGGGGUUCCGAUAUCCAAAUAAUGAGGGUUGCUGUUUAUGAAGAAGAAUGGGUGAGCCCAGCCAACAUACCUGACUCCAGUGAGUUGGAGCUGGACUUGAUGCCAUUUUCUCAGAGGAAAAGAGUCCAACCAUCAGAGCUGACCGGCUCCUGGAAGGUGUUUGAGGUAAGCGCCACACCGAUAUAUGGUGAAGACAUGAUAAUGGAGGAAAGCAACAGCACACCUUAUGUGUACCUCUGCACAGAAACCCUUAAAAAGAGAAGCCUGCCGGAGAAUCUUGUUUACUUCGGUGAGGAAGAGAUGCUGGACAUGCAAGACGUCGCAGUCCUCUGGCUGCCUGGAGGUGUGACUGCCUACGUUGAUGUAAACAAGGAAGGCAUCCUCUGUAUAGGCGUUGGCUGGUACUCGGAGGAGGGAAUCAACCUUGUAAUGGAAAGGGAUUAUGGAUUAGAUGGGAAACUUAAGGAGGUUAGAUGGAAAUCAGAGAUGAAGAGAAGAUGGAAUAACCCUCCCCCUAUGUAAAUUCUUUCUCGUUUCCUUGUUUUCCAACCAUUCCACGUAUGUUUUCAAGAAACGAUGGCAAAAAUAUAGUAAGUUCUCUUGUUUUUGAUAUACCAAGAGGCAGAUAAUUUACUUAUGCGAUGUCAUAAAAUCUGCAUAAUUUGUUCCUCCUUUUGAACUCAAGGAUGAUAGUUAACCA